AUGAAGCAACGGCGAUUCAAAAUAACACCUGAGAGCGCAGUUAAUUUCACAAAAGUCACCGUGUACUUGACUUGUAUUUCGCUGCCGUUGUCGGGAGGCACAGCGAGAUUUAGAUUCGAGAUAAUAUUAUGGCUGCUCGUGAUUUUAGCGAUUUCUUUAUUCAUCCCGCUUCUUGCUUCGAUAAUAAAGUACUCCAAUGACACGUUCAUUGUCAUGAAGUCAUUCAUCUUGAUGUCGGCAAUCUCCAACUACGUUUUCAAAGUUAUAAUAGUUAGGAUUUACCACAGAGAACUGCAGCAACUGGGAUCGGCAUUAAAUGAAUUUAUUAAAAAAACAAGUGUCAGUGAGAAAGAAAUUCUGCAAAAAUAUGUCAACAAUUGCUGGAUGUUUCAUGGAUUCAUGACAUGUAGCUACUACUUAACUACGACAGCAGUAAUCCUUGGACCCCUAAUUCUUCCCCAGAAGUUCCCCACCGAUGCAGUUUACCCGUUUUCAGUGGAAAAUCGCCUUGUUUCACGGAUAGUUUACUUGCAUCAAAGCAUUGUCGGGUACCAGUGUUCGGCGGGAAUGGCUCUAGAUUGUCAAGCUGCUAUGUAUUUGUGGUACUUGAGCGCCAGGUUUGAGAUUCUCAGCUCCGAAAUCAAAAAUGUCAAUAGCCAUAAUGACUUACGUAAUUAUAUUAAGAAACAUCAAAAGACGCUGAUGGAUUCUAAGGAAUUGAUUCGUCCAACAAGGUUAUUAGCUUUGGUCACGGUUAUGAUGACCAAAAUUGGGAUGAUUUUUGGAGGAAUCGUGUUAAUUUCAGAUGAACCAGUGGUUAUUAAAAUCCAAUUUGGGAUUUUGGUUAUCAGCACAACGGUUAAUAUUUAUGUAUUUGCUUGGGCUGCAGAUAAUUUGAUAACUGUUUCAAGCACAAAAUUAUCAAACGCAAUUUUUGAGACAUCAUGGCGGCAUGAACCAAAAAUAAGAAAUUUGCUGCUUACAGUAAUAUAUAGAACUCAAAAGCCUAUCAUUAUCAAAAUCCCCGGCCUUCUUGACACUUUAUCCAAUGAAUACUACGCUGAGUUUCUUUCAGCAGCAUUCUCUUGCUUUGCAGCAGCGCGGGUCGCCGUAAGC